AAAUUAACUUUUAUCAAUAGAUAAAUACUUAUCACUUCUUACCAAUGUACAAUAACAAUUUCUAAUUACUAAUCAAUGCCAAUAUCGAACUAUAAACUGUUAACUAAAGUAGAUAAGUAACUUCUCAUAAACACGCAACGACCUCAAGUACUCUUCAGUGAAACGAGAAAAAUAUACAAUAAUUCAAUUGUUUUGUUUGUUGCACACAUAUGAACAAAAUCUAAUCAUGAAUGCUAAUAAUAUUCUAUCAAAUUGUAUUAAGGAACAUUGUCACAAUGACGACAAUUACGACGUCGAUAAAAAUAAUAUCAGUGGAGCACACCAUGUUUACUACUGUAAUGUUGCGCCAUUAGACAAUCAAAGUCUAUCGUUGGGCGCACAACUAUUGGCAUGUUCUUCGGUUGAUCAACGGUCGCAAUUCGUUAAAUUGCCAAAGUGUUCUAUACGGAGAACGCUCAACGUAAUGGAAACGUAUGACAAACAUUCAGUUAAAAGCUUCUAUCGAGUUUGGCACAUACAAUGUACGAUUAUAGUGACGUUAAUAGCAAUAGCACUAGCCCGGGCUGUGAUACAAUGUCGCGUAAAUGACGGUAAAAGUGACAGACUUAAAAUAUGGCUACGUUAUUCGCUAGAAUUUACAGUGAUCUCGCUGCCCGUUAUUGUAAGUGUUAAUGUGGCCAAUUCCUAUGUCGAAUUUAUAGUGAUAUUUGCCUUCUUAAUGUUACUCUUUAUAAUGUGGCGCACAAAAUGUUGGCAAUUGGCAGCCAAAAGAGAGUACGAAUUUGGUCGCAGACCAAUUCUCUUUACACUCAUGCGUUCUACCAUCAAUUUCUUAACGGCUCUCUGUAUACUAGCCAUAGAUUUUAAAAGUUUUCCCAAGACAUUUCGUAAAUCGAGACGUUAUGGCGUUGGUCUAAUGGAUGUUGGCAUUGGAUUAUUUGUGCUCUCUAUGGGUUUGGUGACGUCUAGGCCACGUAAAGUUUCGGACUUACGUAAACUUGUGUUCACUGUUGGCUGCAUGCUGUUGUUGGGUUUAGCGCGUACCUUGGUUAUAACCGCCAUAGAUUAUCAUCAGGACGAACAUGAAUAUGGUACACAUUUAAAUGCAUUUUUUACACUGGGUUUUACGAAAUUAUUUGCAACGUGUUUUGGAUUUGUGGCUAAAAGCAAUAAACAUUUGCUAAUAUUGGGUUUGGUUAUUCUAAUUUCUCACGAAGCUGUUUUACAAUGUGGCAUUUGGAAAUACGUAAUGAAUCCCAAACUAGAACGCACUACUAUCAUAAGCUCAAAUCGUGAGGGUCUAUGUUCGCUGCCAGGCUUUAUAGCUCUCUAUCUACUUUCUCAAUACUUGGGACAAUGGCUACAGGCAAAGGAUGUAUUAAAUUUUCAGGAAAUUAAAGACAAAUUUAAAGCUCUGUCACUAACAACUUUAAGUUUAUGGUUAUUGGUGUCGAUAGCAAUAUUUGUAAUCGGCAUAGCUAGAGUUACCUGUAAUUUGGGCUACGUACUUUGGAUUUUGGCCAUAGCAGUAACCAUGUGUACAUUAUACUUAUUUGUGUUCGAUAUAGUUUUAGAUACACUUAAACCGGUAGAUGCGGAAAACAACAAGGUGAAUUUAUCAGAAAUGGGCAUCAAUCAGAAACCAUUAUUAGUUAGUUUAAAUUCCAAAAUACCUCUAGUCAUAGAAGCUGUUAAUUAUAAUGGUUUAACCUUCUUUUUGCUGGCCAAUAUUUUGACCGGUUGUACAAAUAUGUUUUUAGCCACCGACGAAAAAUCAAAUUUACAAAGUGUUUUCAUUUUAUUCAUUUAUAUGCUAAUAACAACAACAUUUAUUUUUAUAUUGUAUCGUUUUAAAAUAAGAAUUGCUUAAAAAUAAAUUUAUAUUUUGUAUUUUCUUUAGCCACUUAGUAAUUGUGAUAAUAUUAAAUAUAGAUUAUUUAUUUUUGAAGAGAAAUAACAAAUUAAUGUAUUAACUAUUUUUUAUAAUUUAAGACAGUUUUAUUUUGUAUACUAUUAUAAUUUUUAU